CCGAGCAUUCCAGGCUCUUGAGCCAACUCGCUCCUCAUCAACCCCCUCGCUGCGUUUGGGAAAGAAGAAAAUACUGUAAACCUACUGCAGCUAGCCAAGCUCGUUGUGGAAGCAAUCCUUAAAACAUUUGUUUUACGGCCAUUGACGGGCUCCGCUGUAUUCUCUUUGCAUGCCGACUUUUUAUCUUGGAGAGAAAAGGCAACUGGAGUCAUUUGGUGUUUUGUGAAAGUCAUUUUUCAUUUUCUAUUAAGAUAAGUGAAGACGCCGACCGGGACAGGACAGCAUUAGCGUCUCUGCGAGCGAGCAGGCUGGCUAAUAGUUAGCCUGGGUGAACUUCGCAUGGACCAACGCCUGCAACUGGGAUAAUAACCUGCUGUCUGACCGCAAGGCCUUUUUUCUUUUUUUUCUUUUUUUUUUUAUUUCACUUCUUCACAUGGAAGUUAGGUGUCGCCUGUUGGACAGUACCAUUUCGAAGUUUGAUGCCCAUACAAGUGUGCUAACUUUAUUUUUGUGGCUUACGCCAUCACGUUAUUGAUUUGGAGACCUAGUGGCGAGCUAACAGGACAUUAGCCUCCUCUCGUUCGCUUUUGUGGUUGUGAGCCAUUGACUGAGAAGCAUUCAUCACUGAUUGAGUGAUGAGCAGGGUGGCUUGAUGGCAGCUAAUUAUUUCUGGGCGAAAAGGAAUUGGACAAAAACAACCAGACAGGGAACGGUAUAAGAAUAAGUUCUAAAAGAAUUAGAAGCCGGUUUUGGUCAUUGUUUUAGGAAAAUGCAUGGGAGCGCCGGGUCGUUUUCAAAGUUGCAGUAGAGGCAAGUAAACAGCAGGAUUACAAUUCCACUGCUGAUUAAAGUCACCCAGAGAACAUCGGGCAGAACGUCAGUCACCAAGGUGAAAGACGAUGUCUACCGCGAAGGAAAAUUCCUGUCGGAAAUUCCAGGCGAACUUUUUCAACAAAAGCAAAUGUCAGAACUGCUUCAAACCACGGGAGUUGCAUCUGUUGACGGAUCAGGAUUUAACACAGGCUAAGCCGAUUUAUGGUGGAUGGUUGUGCUUGGCUCCUGAGGGAACCGACUUUGACAAUCCGAUGCAGCGUUCGCGGAAAUGGCAACGGCGAUUUUUUGUUCUGUACGAACAUGGUUGUCUGCGCUUUGCCCUGGAUGAAUCACCAAGUACACUGCCUCAGGGCACAGUGAAUAUGAACCUAUGUAUGGAUGUCGUCGACGCGGAACCGAAGACUGGCCAGAAGAACUCCUUGUGCAUCAUCACCCCAGAACAGGAGUACUUCAUCAGGGGGGAGAAUAAAGAGAUCAUUAAUGGGUGGACUGAGCAGCUCGUUGUGUAUCCCCGCACCAAUAAGCAGAACCAGAAGAAGAAACGUAAGGUGGAGCCUACAACCUCCCAGGAGCCAGGGCCAGCCAAAGUAGCAGUGACUGGCUCAGGUAUCCCAGAGGCAGAGAAAGUUCCAGACUCCAGUUCCAUCAUCUGGCAGGAAGAGCUCAACCAAAGAGAGGCUGAAGGGGCCACAGUCUGGGCCCCUGCUGAGCUGCCUUUAGGCUCCCCACCGCCACAUCCUACAGGUGAAUGUCGACAGGGGUCUGACGCAGGCUCAGUGAAUGGCGACGAAGUGGAUCAGGGUAGCCUGGCCCUGCACGGCUCUGUGCCGCAGCCGCCCAGUGACCUCCUUUCCCCGACAGGCUCUUGUUCCAGCCUGGGCGGUGUACCCCGCUGCCUUUCUCCCGCUCCCAGUGACCCCUUCCCCUCUGGGAGCUCACUGCUGUCUAAUGGCUCUCACAUCAGUGGCUCGGUCAGCUCCCUGGACUCCGAUGCCAGCGGCAGCACUGUGACCAGCACUGAGAGUCACCCGGCCCCCCAGAGAGGGAACCACUCGUACAGCCACCACGACACGCCUCGAUCCCGAAGGCUGGAAGCGGAAGCGAGAAAGGCAGAGAAGAGGAGCCGGUUCAGGAGCCCUGAAAGGCACGAGAGGGAGGCUGUUCUCAGCCCCGAGAGGAGUCGCUCUGGCGUGAUUGAGAAGUUGGAGGCCCUCGAGCUUGAGAAUGCAGAGAAAAUGGAGGUGGAAGAGUCGGGCAGGAGUGGAGCCAGAGAAGGCCGCAGUGAGCACAGGCGUUUCCACAGAGAGGGUCAAAAUCUGGAUUUCACCUCUUCCCUGCCGCCUCUUCGGAGAGCCAAGUCCCUUGACCGACGGACUACCGAUUCAGUCAUGACACCAGAUUUACUGAACUUCAAGAAAGGAUGGAUGGUGAAGCUGGACGAGCAAGGGCAGUGGAAGAAAUCCUGGUUUGUUCUGACAGAUCACAGCCUACGUUACUACAAGGAUUCAAUCGCAGAGGAGGCUUCUGACCUGGACGGUGAGAUUGAUCUGUCAACUUGUUACAAUGUCACGGAAUACCAGGCUCAACGAAAUUACGGGUUCCAAAUACAAACUCAAGAGGGAGUUUACACACUUUCGGCCAUGACAGCGGGUAUCCGGAGAAAUUGGAUCCAGGCAGUGAUGAAGAAUGUCAGACCAUCUACUGCUCCUGAUGUAGCAAGCUCAACAGAUGACCAUGCUUCUUUUUCUCCUCUGGAGGGCCUGGUGAGACCAGACGUGACUCAGGACUCUCCCUCAUCUGAAACUUCAUCAGUGGAAAGAGAAUCCACUCAAGGCAUCAUAAAGAGCCGAGCACGUGAGCGUAGGCGAGAGGGUCGAUCGAAGACUUUUGAUUGGGCCGAGUUCAGACCUAUCGCCCAAGCCCUGGCUCAGCAACGGGCACAGGAGGCCGAGAGCCUUCAGGCAGACCUAGGAGAGCUAGAGCGUAGUCGGCGGAGGGAGGAGAGGCGAAAGAGGUAUGAGUCUGUGACGAGUUCAGCGAUGGAGCACUCGUCGCUCAAAGAAGGCGGGAGAAUGGACUUCCAGAGUACAGAAAAAGUGCCUGACUCAUCAGGUCCUCAGUUUCUAGAAAGGCAUCAGAAGGUUGAGGAGGUGAUUGAGCAACAUUGGCGACAGGUAGAGAAGACGCCGAUUCGAGAAGAGCGAAGGGUGCCCCUGCCUUCGACAGGUUCUGCCAGAGAGACGGUGGAGCUCGAACACUUGCUGGACAAUUACAAGCAAGGGAUGGAAGAACUUAAAGCACAAUUGGAAGGCUGUCACCAGCAGCUGCUUGACUCCAACAAACACAAGCAGGAGCUUGAAUUGCAGCUGAGAACAGCUCUUGAGAGAGAGCAGGACAUACGAGCAGGUUACAUAUCUCCGCUGGAACACCAUUUGGGUCUGGAGGCUGAUGUGACGCCCCAGAUGAAGAGGCCAGAACUGGUUAGUCCUCAAGCACAGAGUUUAACAAAGAAGUACCAGGAGACCAAAGAACUCCUGAAGCUGCAAGAGUUGAAAAAGCGCAAUAUGCAGGCACAGCUUGGCCUUUCCCUUUCUCACCACCCUCUUAAGGAACCUCAUUUUUCCGAACCCCCAAAAAUACCCAUUCCGGAAGGCACUAUGCCUGAACCUGUCCAGCAAACAGUUAGCUUUUUACUCCUGGAUAGUACAGAAGCAGGUCAAGAACUUCAUGACUUAACUGCUGGCAAAUCUCUCACUGUGAAGGAACUGACAAAGCUGUUAAAAUGCCACACGUUAAAUCAAGAAACGUCAGAGAAACAACCAUUUCAGAAGGUGUUGGAGACCUGGAAAUGCCAACAGGAGAUUGAACAUGAGAUGAUGAAAAAGAGUUUGGCCCGAGCUGGAGAAACCAUCCGGGAAUAUGAAUCCCGUCUUUUAAACAUGGACGAUUUGGUUCAGAAGCAAAGUAUUAAAGGCCCCUUUGGUCCCCUCUCAAGAACUGAUAACCAUUCCGAGACAAAAGAGCAGACGAUUGGAAUGCUUACUCAGAGGAUCGAGAUUUUAACAAGUGAAAACGGUGCAUUGAAACAAAAAUGCCAAGAGAUCGUGAACCAACUGACUGAGGCAGACAGAGAAAUAGACAGACUGAAAGCCGAGCUUAUCGGCCGUCAGUGUGUCAACCAGCAUCAUCUCGUUACGGAAGAGAUGAAAAGACUAAAGGCCGACUUGGCCAAAAGCCAGGCUAAUGCCAUUGACAGGGACUAUUUUGAGAGAGAGCUGAAUGAGAAAUCGCUGAGGCUUCGUGAAGCUUUGACAACAAUCGAGGACCUUGGCAGCAUCCUAAAGGACACGGAGAAGAAAUUGCAGUUGAGAGAAGCCACAUUGAAAGGUCUUGGAUUCCAGGCGGAUUGUGAGGAUGAGGCACGGCACCUGGAGCAGGAGCAGCUUAAAGAACUUCUUGAAGCCUCACAAGCAAAGUUAUUUGACACCGAGGCAGCCCUCCAUACAACUCAACGACACUGUGUUGAACUUGAAUCCAGCAACCGUGAAUUAAUCGCACUACAGCAGAAAUCGGAGGAGGUCAAUCAAGAGAAGCUUAGAGAAGUAGAAAAUCAAAUAGUGAUGCUACAAGAGAAGUUAGAAAUGAGGAGAAGUGGAGGUGAAAAGUCUCCGGGCAUCGGUGACUGUGUUCAGGAAGGAGCAAAGCAUGUUAAUGAAGGUAUUUUAAAGCAAGUAGUCGAUGAGGUUGAGAAGAGGUCAGAGGCGGCUAAUCAGGUUUUAGACAUGUUGCCCAAGAUAGAUGUCGGUGUUGAGAAAAUGCUGAAAUUUUUAAAAAGCACUUUAUGUGUAAGCAAACAUCUUCCUUCUCGAAAAGAAGGCCUUUUUUGCAAAAGUCAAAAAAACAUGAGGCUGGUAUUAGAGGCCGAAUUCUUGAGCCAGAUUCUAUGUACCACUAAAAUAAAACCAGAAGCCGAUCAACUGGACUCUGGAAACAGUUUGGCACAAGAGAUUGCUCACAAGCGCUUGACGCUCUUGAUCGGUCAGAUUUAUGCAGAUGCCGAAGCUGAGACAGACAGAAUGGCCGAGUCAGAUUUCUCAUCGAUGUAUAACUGGCUUGAUGACGAAACGAACAGCCGCCUUCUUAAAGAAUUAACCGAAACAUUAAAGGCAAAGGCAAUCUGUUUGGAAAAAAAUGCAUUGAGGCUUCAGUUGGCCAAAGAUGACGACUUUGAUCGCUUUACGUGUGGUCUCAAAGACGGGCAGUCUUCGGAGUAUCUCCUUGAUGCACUUCAAGAUGCUUGCAUGUCCUAUGUGAUUAUUCGGCUGCGGGUGCAGCAUGAAAAAGAAUUCCGGAAAAAGCAGACCAAAGUUGACGUUGAUGGUUUUGAUUGUCCAAACUGCCCGGAAUUGAGAAAGCUUGCCAAAGAUCUGCAGACCCAGCUGGCAGAUCUUCAUAGUCAGUCGUGCGACGCAUCCGACAUGCCAGAGACUUCCAUCCACGCCGUAGGGGAGCCCAUGAGCUCAGCUGAGAAAACCUGUGACAUGACACAUCAGGACAUGGUAGCCAAGUAUGAGAAGGAGCUGCGGGAGGUUAAAGACCGCUACGAACAGGAAACUGACAGACUGAGACAAGAGAUUGCUGAAGCCAGUGAAACUCUGUGCCUGCGCUCAGAAGAGAAUGCCAGAGAGAUGGAUUCACUGACAAACUGCAUGGAAGACCUCAAGAAGAAGCACGAGUUAGAACGAAUCAAUCUCAUGGAGCGGUUUGACGAAGAAAUGGAGGCGCUAAGGAGAAUGGUUGCUCCUUCAAACAGAAACAAGGCAUCUACAGCAGAGGAAGGUCCGUUACAUGGCACCCCUGGCCGGACAUCCCAUCUGAAAGAGUGCAUCCAGGAGCUGCUGACCCAAGUGUCAGUUAUGACCGAAGAGAUGAGACGUCGCGAAGAACAGGGCGAGAUAACCACUCUCCGGCUGAAAUACGAGAAAGACCUGGAAAAUUUAAAGGCAACUUGCGAGAGGGGCUUUGCUGCAAUGGAAGAGUCUCAUCAGAAAGUGAUCGACGAGCUCCACAGGAAACACCAGAGAGAGCUGGAGAACCUGCAGGAGGAAAAAGAAAGACUGCUGGCAGAGGAAACUGCGGCCACCAUUUCUGCAAUCGAAGCCAUGAAAAAUGCUCACCGGAACGAGCUGGAGAGGGAGCUGGACAAGGCUCGCAAAGCUAACAGCAAUGCAGAGAAUGCAGACAUGGAUGAGAUGCGCAGAGGGCAUGAAGAGGAACUGUGUUCCUUCCAGCGAGAGAUUGAAGUGUUGUCAGAGCAGUAUUCCCAGAAGUGCCUAGAAAACGCCCACCUGGCCCAGGCGCUGGAGGCAGAGAGGCAGGCCCUCAGGCAGUGUCAGAGAGAAAACCAGGAGCUCAAUGCACACAACCAGGAACUGAACAAUCGUUUGGCAGCAGAGAUCACCAAGAUGCGUUCAAUGACUUCUGAGGAUGGUGUCGGAGACACAAACACAAUCCAGGGAAAAGAGCUCUACGAGUUGGAAGUAAUGCUGAGGGUGAAGGAAUCUGAGGUCCAAUACCUAAAGCAGGAAAUCAACUCCCUGAAAGAUGAACUCCAAGCUGCCCAGAGAGACAAAAAAUACGCGACAGAUAAGUACAAAGACAUUUACACAGAGCUGAGCAUCGUCAAGGCCAAAGCCGAGCGGGAUCUGGGCCGGCUCAGGGACCAGCUGCAGCUGGCUCACGAGGCACUUGGUGAACCAUCGCUGGAGCAAGUGGACCGAGGAGGAGGAUAUGACAUCAUGAAGUCCAAAAGCAAUCCUGACAUUCUGAAAAUGGCAGCUGCAGCGGCCAAACGUUCAGAACGCACCAUGAGGUCAAAGUCUGUGAGUCGUGACAUGCCCUGGGACAGUUAGUGUUGCCGAGGACGCGUAGGCCUCCCUCCCCUCUCCUUUAGAGUCUAAAGGAAGGACUGACACCUGAGCAACGACUCCACCUGUUUGAAAAUAAGGACACUAAGGAGUUCUGAAUGUGACUUGUUACCUCCCUCCCGUACCUUGCUGCAUGCUUAAAAGUCCACUAUUUUAGCUCUGUAACGGCUUGUCUUGUAACACUACACACACUGGUCACAAAACAAACAUUUAUUAUUAAAGGACACAUGGUAUGAAGUUCGGAUUUCAUGUUUAGAAUUUGCAUUCCAUGCACUUCACUUAACUGUGACAUUUUUUUUUCUUCCUGUUAUUGUCUUACUGUAAAUAUUGUUUUUAAUUGAGCAUCUACCACGCGUACACUAAAACUAUGACUGUGUAAGCUACUGUUUUAACUCCUAGACUGUUGCGAGCCAAGAAUGUGACGUCCAAGUGGCCCAGCGUUUUUUUUUUUUUUUGGGCGACUAAUACAUGCGUUAAACAUAGGAUGGCUCUUGCGUUCAGGUUGCUCUGUCGGCAUUCCAGAACAGAUGGAAGUAGGAAGAGAAGUACAGAUUUGCAUUCUCAAAACGGCAAACUACCGUGUUGCUCCAUCGCCUGACUUCAAAAUAACAUCAAGAUGUUCUCUGCCAUCCUUGGAUUGAUCCCCAUGGAAAGACUGCAGCUGAAUGCACAUGGAUGAGGUUCUCUGACUAUAAUUUAUAUGUAUUAAAUUUUAUAUAGUUUUUUUUUUCUCUCUCUCACUGCAAUCAUUGUUCCAGCUGUUUAUAGAGUUUGGUUGUGUUUGUAGUUUUGUUCAGUGACAGUCUGUAUUUAUUUAAAUGGUUGGGAUUUUUCUUUCACAUUCCACUUCCUCUGUACUCUAAUUUUUGUAAAUAUAAACCAAAUACACAUAUUCACCAACUGAUUACAGGUUUAUUAGCAAUAAAUAUUUUUGCACCCUU